GGAGACUUCCCCAUCCCUUUCACCAAAAAGAAGUGGUUUCCAAACGAGACAACUGACCAACAGUUCACUUAUAAAGGGACCCAUUCUUUGCAUUUGAGAACUGAUAAGCCGUUACCACCGGCCAUUCCUCUCGAUGAUGACAUUUGUCUGAAGUCACAAAUUGGCGAAUAUAAGUAUCGGUUACUGAAUUUGGGAUAUAAUAUUAGGAGACAUUCAUUGUCCACUUUGCCCGGAUUCUGGAGCGACUGUUCCAAUGGAUUUGAUUUCCCGAAUCUGAUCUGUCAUUCGCGACAUAACUUAAAAGUAAGAGAAUUAAGAAACGGCAGAUCGUAUGACGACGACCAGCAAGUGUUGGACGGAAUGGCCAUCUCAUCAUCGUUUGCAUGGCUUCACAGUUUGGCAUCAAAUCUUGGAUUUUCUAUUUUCCAUGAACUCACGUACCCUUUGGUCACUCACGCGAUCAUAACGGACGGCCAGUUCUGGUCAUUCUAUGUCUAUCAACUCAAUACACACUGUUUUCAUAGCGAUGUCGACAAUAAUUUACUGCGAAAUGUGUGCUGGAGUUCAGGCGAACUCAAGCUCUUCGACAGCUAUGAAAACGGACGCCUUAUUGGUGUUAACGAUGAGGUCAUCAAACUGUUGAUCAAAUUUAUGGCUCGAGAGCCACAACUCAGUGAUGGUUGUGUUCUUCGGCCGUAUUUGAGUGAAGACCUCAGGAGUAAAGAAGACAAACAAGAGUUGAGUUAUUCUCUGAGGAGACGAUACCACAAUUGGACGGAUCCCUAUGUGAAGACCCGACAAAAACAAAAGGACCCGAACUAUACAGGAGAUGAACACAUCCGUGGCCGCAGCCUUUCAAAGUACAGUCCAUUGCUUACCAUUGAUUGCGUUUACAGUUGCAGACGAGUGGAAAGGGAGGCUCACCUCCUGUCCCUCCACUGCACUCUGCCAUUAGACCUAUUGCUUGAUGUGAUGGAUGUGUUGACAGGUUUGGCUGAGUUAUCUCAUCGCGAAUACCAGGCGGGAGACUACGAGUCGGCCGAAAGGCAUUGUAUGCAACUGUGGCGUCAGGACCCCACCAACACCGGGGUCCUCCUCCUCCUCAGUUCCAUUCACUUCCAGUGCCGACGCCUUAAGGAGUCCGCACACUUCAGUUCACUCGCCAUAAAGCAGAACUCGCUGUUAGCUGAAGCCUACAGUAAUUUGGGAAACGUUUACAAAGAGAAGAGUCAACUGCAGGAAGCGCUGGACAACUACAGACACGCCGUGCGCCUAAAGCCCGACUUCAUCGACGGCUACAUAAAUCUGGCGGCGGCUCUGGUGGCUGCGGGCGAUAUGGAGCAGGCGGUCCAGGCGUACGUCUCGGCCCUCCAAUACAAUCCCGUAAUUAUUCGCCACUGGUUGGACUUAUAUUGCGUGAGAAGUGAUUUGGGAAACCUUCUGAAAGCCCUGUCCCGUCUCGAUGAGGCAAAGGUAACACUACUAAUCCUGUUGUCAAACGGCGCGCGAAUAAUACAUGCGUUUUAC